CCAGGGAGACAGUGUACGCCUCCGCUUACCUCAUUCAUGAUGCUCCAAUUGAGCGUUAUUGCAGAGAGGAAGGACGGGGUUACAGCUACAUCAGUGCAGUAUCGAGAAGCGGGAAAGAGGGAGGGACUUCUGACAGAGGGGUAUCCAUAUCCGUUACAUGUUUUGGAUAUUGAUUUGUCAAAUUCUUGAUCGAAAAACGCCAUAUUAUUUUCCUUUUAGUUAUUGUUCUCUGUCGUGUUCUUAUUAUACUCGCUCCGGGGACUGGUAACUGGCGUACUCAGCUCACCGGAAGUAGGAGACAAGAUAUUGCGUUCCGAUAGACCGGGAUAACUCUAUAAUUCAUGAUCCUCUCUCAUUCUAGCCUUUGCAGGUCUUAACCUGUCAAGGAAUUCCUUGUUUGGUGGUGAUGCAUGAUGGACAAGAUAACAGGGAGUGAAGAUCAUGCCGGGAGAAUCGAAGGAGCCUAAUUAAACUAUUAUUUAUGUUUUUUCAUUGACGACUAGUCCUUUUGGCUACGGUUCGUUGGAAUUGUCCAGUCACCCAAAUGCGCCUUAGUGCCCAAAGUGGAAAUGCGUGUUUUCUGGAGCACCGCACUCUUUAUUGGACUCUUGAAUCACUGCGCCUGUUAUGAAGAGAAAGAGAAUUGUAUUGUCGGCGUGGUCGGAGAACCCAUCACGUUGCCGUGCUUCUACAGCGGGCACGAACUCAACACUUUGAACUUCUCCGUGGAGUGGAGGAGAGACUCCCAGGUGUUGUUGCGGUCCGUGUGGGAAGAGGCCGAACGCGUGGAGCAGUGGCCGACGGCGGACACCAACACCUCACGACUCUCGGAUGACGUGCUAGAGAACGGGGACUUCUCCCUUGAGCUGUCCGCCGUCCUGCCCUUAAGACAAGCCCAAACGUUUCACAUGUUUCUGGUCAGAGCGGGUGAAGCACGACGCUCCCCGCUGUGCACCGUGUGUCUCAGGACAGCAGCUAGCUUCACCCCUCCCUCGGUCCAGAGGCUGGACCCUCCAGAGGCCAACCAGACCACCUUCCUGUGUCGCUCUGUGGGGGGCCACCCCGAGCCCACUGUCCACUGGCUGAUCAACGGGACCUGGGUGCCGCCGGGUGCCUCGGUGACCUCCUCCACCGCGCCCAUGGCUAACUCCAGCCUGCACAGCAUCAUUAGCCUGCUGCUGGCCGACGUCUCCCACCAGACCACCGUGACGUGUUCGGUGGAGGUCCCCUCGCUGAACGAAACCCUCAACGCCACAAGCUAUGGGGUGAAGGUGAGCCCAGUGGGGAGUCGGGCAUCCGGGGCUCUCUGGGUUUUCAGCACAGCUCUGUGUGCGGCCGUGGCGGUGCUGGUGACGGCAGCCAUCAUCUACCAGGUGCUAGUGGACCGGGGCCACAAGGAGCUCAGGAAGACACACAGAGGAUACAGGUACAAUUUUUCAGGCUCGUCGGAAGCAGUGGGCGUCAGUCUGGAGCACUCAGAUGGAUCAGACUCCAACAACGAGACAGAUGGGUGAAUGUCUGGUGGCCCCUCCACUAAACUCAACCCAUGAAACACACACUUUGUUGUAAAUAUGUACAUGUUGAGGAGUCUACUUUGUUGUAAAUAUGUAUAUGUUGAAGAAUCUAUCGCAAUACAGCAAACUGUACUUAAAUCUGUAUGAGGAUUCAGGGUGAAUUGGACAUAGGCCUAUGUAUAGAGCCGUUUUAUGCCAAUUCCGUUAAUUGACACUUUCAUUAUGAUGCUUUUCAAGUCUCCCACACUCAAAGGACUUGUGUCUCCUGAUUGAUGUACAGAUCAAAUUGUGUCACUUUUCUCAGUGUUUAAACGUUCAAUAAAUUAAUAUAAAAAGGAA